GGUAACGGCCGCGUUUGACAACAGCAGUAAGGUGUUGAAGCGAAAUACCCGUGUCACGAAAAUACACGAAACACGACUGCUGUAUUUGAAUAAAUAAACGCACCCGCCCGUCUGUUACAUAAAUGUCGCAGUGACUGUCCUCCGACCGUCUGUCGUCCCUCUCGUGAGGAGCAAGGGCUCAUCGUUUGCCAGGAUGGAGGUGGCUCUGUCUGGGCCACAGAGGCUCUCAGAGCCCCUGAGGAGGAGGGCAUCUCUACCUCUGAGCCAGCUGGUGGAGGCGACCCAGAGCAGAGGCAACAUCCCCAAUCAUCUGCUGGAGUCAAAAAUCUAUGCUAACCUGAAAAGCAACAGCCUGAUCCAAGCAGAGCCCUCUGAGCUUCACUUCAGUGGCUUUGAGCUCGGCAAGGAUUAUGUAAAAAUCCUGAAAUUAAUCAACAUCUCAUCUGAAGUUAUGAAUAUUCAUGUAAUUCCCACCCAAACCAAGUACUUCCAAACAACUUAUACCAAAAAGUAUCGACUCAUCCCAGGCCUCGCCUACACGCUGAAGGUCGGAUUCUGUCCUGAUGAGUGGCGCUACUUCUAUGACUGCAUUCGAGUUCACUGUAAGGGGGAAGAUAACCUGUUAAUUCCAGUUCAUGCUUACCCUGUCAUCGAUGACCUGCACAUCCCUACUCAUAUCGACCUACCAGCUGUAGCACUCGGACAAAGUGUUUGCCAUGCUAUUCCUCUGAGAUGUAGCUGUCCCAUUGGCUUUGAGUUUCAAGUGCAUAUUAUUCAGCCCCAUGAGUCCUUCUCCAUCCACCCCCUCACAGGUGUGAUACCAGCCAAAGGUGAGGCAAAGAUAACUGUGACCUUUUGUCCACUCCAGUUUGAGACUUCUCAAAUCACCUUUCAGCUGGUCAUUUCACAGUUCAACACCAAGCCUUACCUGUGUACCAUCACUGGGAGCAGUGCACCGCACAUAGCUCUCAGUGAACUGGAAAAAAAGUUCAGUUAUGAAAAUGCAGUGACUGUGAAACACAAAGGAGCCUCACCUCCUACCCUAGUGCUUCCUCGAAGUAAAUCCAAAUACAGGGCAAAUAAGGAGGCUGACAAGUCAAAGGCAAUCAGGGAUCCAACUAAUGUGAAGUUUAAAUUGCCAGUAGAUGUCUGUACUCCUGCAGGGGUGGCAAAGAUGCUGAUCAAAGACUCUAAUAAACUCUGCUCUAAAGACUUGAAGCAAGCCAUGUCCUCUGGCAGCAUGAUAGCACGGCAAAAUAAGCAGAUAAAAGAAGCCCUGUUCAUGAAAAAGGUUCAACAAGACACGAAGGAGGAGCAAACAAAUCACCUCAAAUGGCAAGUCCAUCUGGGUAUGGACCCCAUGUCAGAGCAUGCAACAAGACAGAUACUGGAGGAGAGAGAAAUUGCUCUGCAUGAAUAUAUGGUGAAAAGGGGAGCUGUAGAGCAAGAAGAAACCUUUGCUGCUGGACCACCUAAAAUGUUUUCAAGACGAGUGCUUUGUGAAGUAGGACAGGCCCCUGAGGGAGCCCCGGCUUUCCAGUUUUACACCACUUUUCAGUGGGAGCUGAGACGAAGAGUCCUCAGACUGUUCCAGCAGGCAGCUUGCAAGGUUGUGAUUCGACGUCGCAUGAACCGGAGACUGGCUUCUUUGAAGAAACUGGCAGACAGUAUGAAGAACCUGCCCUUGGCACAGAAAGCUGAUAAAGAAAAGACAUGCGACCUAAAAGUGUCUGCAGACAAAGUCUUUCCAUCUUCAUCCCCCUUUUUCUCUACUGAAGAUGACCCCCUGGCUAACAUUAAUUUGCCUGAACUACCUGUGGAUACUCUUGAUGUGACUGUGACAUCGCACAUUCCUUUCUUUAAGCUACAGGUCCCUCUGCACUAUAAGCUUAUGGGCUACCAGGCUGUGUCAGCUUGGGAGGCAUUUAACUCUUAUAUUCCCAUGACUUUGGCCAGGCCACUGCGUACUGGAGCUCCGGACAAGCUGGUACCCAACAGAGCUCAUUUUCCCAUGACAGAGGACACCACAGCAGGAGAGCAGCUUGAUGAACAAGACAAAGAUGCAGAAACAAAGGAUGAUUCCAGUCUCUCUUUCUGCGCCCCUGAAAAUCUGCUCAGACCUUUUCCAGCAAACCCACUGAGAAUCUUUAACCCAGCUCCGGGACUUCAGACCUUUAAAACACCCCCUAAAUAUUUGGAGAGUGAUUUGGAGUUUCAUCUCUGCCCUCUGCCCAGGUAUACGGUCCCUGAGAGCACAUUGUGUAGCAUAAGGACCCAAACGCCACACACUCAGAAGAAGUUUCUCAAAUGCAAGGAAGUGAUCCCUGGGGUUAUGAAGUGGAAAAAUUUGGAUUCUAUCACCUUGAAAAGUCUUUCAAACCAGCCCGCUCUCAUCAGUGACUGUGCUCCACGCAGACCUGUCAACUACAACACAGAGAUACUUCCACUCACCGCAGCUUCUCCUCUCGCCAACCUCCCUGAUGAUGAUGUGGCCCCGCUAAUGGACACACUGUGUGAAUGCUCAGGAGUCCAACUGACACCCGAGAUGAUCAGAGCAGAAUUCUUGUGUGGAGAAGUUCUCGUCUCCAUUAGCAACCUCGAUGCAGGAAAGACAACCGUGCACCAGAGGCAGCAUCACAUUGAGGCGACCUACAGGUCUGAGUUUAACCAGAUGGGAAAAAGAGUGAUGACUAGACUGAAGCAACUUGGAGUCACUGACAGAACUUCUCAUUUACCUGAAGAAGACCGUGAAAAGCCGUAGCCUGUGCACACACAUCCUAUACACUCACAUGAGUAAACACCACUGCAAGACUACAGAUAAGCAUUAUACCCAUCCUACUCACUCAUACAACACACUCCUUUGUUGGCCCUGACAUGUCUUUGAAAUAAAACCUGGUUACUUUCCCACCCACUCAUAAGCCUCCUUUCUACCCACUCAAAAUUACCAGUGAGCUCCCCUACUGUGCUUUUACAAAGCCUGAAAAUUUGUUAUCCCUCCACCUACUCAGAUUCAUAUAUAAGCAUGGCUGCAUUUUACACACCAUUACCUACAUUAAAUGAAAUAUGAUCGUUCUGCAUUUUAUAUUUUAAUUCUUUCGUAAAAGUUUAUUACAAUUAAAUCUUCUUAUGUUAUCCAGCAA